CAGAAACAGCUCGUCAACCACCUUGGUAGCUUGCUAGCCAACAUAGCCGAACGAUUCAAGCUAUUUAUACGCUUUCGGUGUAUAUUAGCUACUGUGUUUUAGACACACUUCUGUCGUAUCUACUUGUUAACCUAUAUAAUUUAAUAUUACGUUAUUUUGUAUUAGUCAGCUAUAGUAGCUGGCUGGUUUAGUUAGCACUAGCCUAGUCGCUAAUGAUAGCUAGCUAACAUCCCUGAAAUGAGCUCCCUAAACUUCUCCCCUCCUGUUAAAGAAGAGGUCUGCUGGACGGAGGAAGAAGCUCUGGGGCUGAAUAUUGUCGUGAAAGAGGAGGAUGAUGUCACAGUAAAACAAGAAGUAGAGGGUGAGGCUGUUACAGUGAAAGAAGAAGAGAAUGAAGUUUCAGUGAAAGAAGAGGAAGAUGCGUUCAGAGUGAAAGAGGAGGAGGAUGCAGUUUUUGGAGUGAAGAAGGAAGGGGAGAUUACUGUCACAUUGAAAGAUGAAGAGGGGGAAAUAGGAGAUCUGAUUAACACCAGAGAGAGACGGGACUACCGUGGAUCCUCUGGGGAGCCUCAACAACCUCAUGAUGCUGACAAGGCAGAGAAGAGUCUCUCUAGAUCAAAACACCUCAAGAAACACCAGCAGAGACCCACAGGGAAGAAAUCUCAUUGCUGCUCUGACUGUGGGAAACAUUGCACAUCUUCAUCAGAUCUUAAAAUACACCAGCGAGUACACACAGGAGAGAAACCAUACUGCUGCUCUGACUGUGGGAAAAGUUUCUCAAGAUCAAAUUCACUAAAAGUACACCUGAGAAUUCACACUGGAGAGAAAUCUCACCACUGUUUUGAUUGUGGGAAGAGUUACUUAAGAUUAAAAUCACUAAAAGUACACAUGAGAAUUCACACUGGAGAGAAACCUUACAGCUGUGAUCAAUGUGGGAAGAGUUUUACUAUAUCUAGCUAUCUGAUUAUACACCAGAGAACACAUACAGGAGAGAAACCAUACAGCUGUACUCAAUGUGGGAAGAGUUUUACUCAGUCAAGCAACCUGUUAUCACACCAGAGAAAACACACAGGAGAGAAAUCUUAUAUUUGUAAUCAAUGUGGGAUGAGUUUUACUCAGUCAAGCACCCUGUUAUCACACCAGAGAACACACACAGGAGAGAAACCUUAUAGCUGUGAUCAAUGUGGGAAGAGUUUUACUACAUCUAGCCAUCGGAUUGUACACCAGAGAACACACACAGGAGAUAAACCUUAUAGCUGUACUCAAUGUGGGAAGCGUUUUACUCACUUAUGCAGCCUGUUAUCACACCAGAGAAAACACACAGGAGAGAAAUCUUUUUGCUGUAAUCAAUGUGGGAAGAGUUUUACUCAGUCAAGCAACCUGGUAUCACACCAGAGAACACACACAGGUGAGAAGCCUUAUAGCUGUGAUCAAUGUGGGAAAAGUUUUACUUCAUCUAGCAGUCUUAUUGUACACCAGAGAAAACACACAGGAGAGAAACCUUAUAGCUGUGAUCAAUGUGAGAAGCGUUUUGUUACAUCUAGCCGUCUUAUUGUACACCAGAGAACACACACAGGAGAGAAACCUCAUAGCUGCGAUCAAUGUGACAAGAGAUACUCGGAUAAAAGAUCUCUGAUCAAACAUCAGAAAAUACAUGAAGUAGUUGUUUCAUGAUAUCAAUGAAAUGAUGUCACAAUGUAGAAGCCUAAACGUUUGCCCCCUGUUCUAUGGAUUUCAACAUGAGAUGGAUAUUAGCCUGAGGGGAAAAAUCUAGGCUCUGAAUUGAAAGAGUACUAUUUAUGUCAUUUAACAAAACAAAAAAAGACCUGUGUUGCACUUACAGCAUUGGUGACCCACUUUAUUCUAAAUGUAGCUAGAUGUUUUAUACACAUGGUCCUCUAACCAGGGAUGUUCACAUUAUUCCCAGAUUCCAUGUGGUUUUUGAGCCGUUAGUUUUUACAGAACGUGUAACCUCAUCUCCCUCCUCUCGGCACAAUUGAUUUCAACGUGAUAUUGAUGAGUGAUGACAAAUAAGUGCGUUCCUUUGUUUGGCGACCCCUAAAUUUAAAUGCAUCACUCCCAAAUGUAGCUGACUGUCUUCUGCAGGUUGUCCUCUAACCAGUGAGGUAAAAGAUAUCUCCCAUUUCCAUGUGUGUUUUAGUUGUGUUAGUUUCAACAGCACGAACAACCUGAUUUCCCCCUAAUUGAUAUCAGCGAUUUAUUGCUACUUGUCAAAACAACAGCGUUUCUGGUGCUUGUGCAGUUAAUAAGAUGCUUGUUCAAAAAAAUAAAAGUAAUAUGAUUAUUGUGGCAGAUGUUUGUAUUAAGAUAAUUAUUUCCAAUACAUAUUAAUGUAAAUUUGGUUUUCAUAUUUCAUAUUUACAAUUCAUGUAACAUUUAGUAAUCAUAAUUGUUUAUGCAACCAGCUGACCAUUUUUGGGUGCAAUUAUAUUGACAUUGUUGCCCUGCUUAUAGAAUAUCAGAGUUCAUGUUCAGAUGUGCCAACCCAAUUGUACUAGAGCAUGACAUUGGGGACUGGGCCCCGAUCCAACAGCAUGCCUAUCGAGUGAACCCUGAAAAGAGAGAGAAGCUCCGCAGUGAGGUGGAAAGUUACUACGGAUAUUGCAGGAGUUUCCUCUUGAAAUCAGACAUGUCCGUUUAAAGGAAAACUUGCUGAUUGUCUCAAGGGUGGGCACUUAAAAUGUUUGUGUUUUGCGUGUAGCCAGUGUGUUGCCAUGGAUCACAAUUGAUUAUGACUGCAUGUUUUUCCGUAUUGGAGAUGAGUUUUGUUUGGGCUCGUUCCAAGGGGAUGAGAGUUCUAGAAGCUAGUGAGUUUUAGGAUUCUAUAGAAAGAAAAAGGAUAAAAAAAAUAAUAAUAUUGUAUUUUUUUUAAUGUGUUUUUUCUUGUUUUAAAUUGCUGACAGCAAGUUGUUUUUUGUUGGUGGUGAGCAAACUUGUCCAACAAAAAUAUAGGAUAUAUUUGUUGUCUUAAGGGGGAAGGUGUUACAGGCUUUGGUUUUUCCAGUUAUGUUGAGGUUGGACUUUAGCCCGUAUAGCUCGUUAGCACUGCGAGGGAAAUGUCUGUUAAACAUUACUAAAGCUUGUGUAGUAAAAUAUAAUUCUUUAAGCCGAGGCAUUGUGCUUGAGAUUGGUAAAGAACCUAACUCCUAUAACAUAGAACAGUGUGUUGAUAGAGGCCUGUUCUAACUGUUCUGGGUGUGUAGAAUGAACCCAUGAUGUUCGGACACUCAGCCAAGAAUAUGACAGAAACUGACUGCUUCCUCUUGAUCCUCCACAGAGUAAAGGUUAUAUCCUGCACACCAGUGAGAGAGCUAUUGUUUUGGAGCCUGUUUCUGGGGAAAGAUUGUGGUGGAGAAAUCAGAAUUAGCUUAGUAACAUAGAUAAUUACGAUGUAUUAUCUGCAGAAUAUGCUGAUAUGAACUAUUGACCUCUUGUAUUUGGGGUACAAGGUCUGGCACAGGGUGUGUGGGGUUGGUGUUUGGAACCAUUGUACGUCGUCUCUGAGGUUGCACCUAUCCUGAGAUAGUAUAUAACCCAGAAGCCUCCUUGUUAUAACAAGUCUUUUAAUAAAAGCAAAACCUUGAUUGAUUAUUAAUUUUGCCUCUCCUCAUUAUUGAUUAUGGGUAGAAUUUCCACCACAGCACGUAGGUCGAACCGAUUGGUAUCACCUCGUUAGUCAGAAUGUGUUACACCUGUGUUGGCUUGUCCAUCUCGUUAGUGAGAAUGUGUUACACCUGUGUUGGCUUGUCCAUCUUGUUCGGGUUGGAUGUUGCAUCCAAUUGUUCAUAUUUUAAUCAAUGACAUUUCCUUAGAUUGAUCAUUAGUCUUUCAGUUGUUAUUCUUCUUUUUUUUUCUCUUAUGUUUGUUGUGUACUAAAUAUUUAUUUUUAUUUUCAUAGUUUUUUAUUUGUUUUGACCUGUGAAGCCAUUACGUUGCAUAUAUGUCUGAAAUGUGCUGUAUAAAUAAAGCUUGAUUUGAUUUGAA